AUGGCCCCCAACCCUCAAUGUGCUGCCCUCGCUGCUGCUAAGGAGAAGAAGGGAUAUUCAUAUGGACAGAUCGCCAGCGGCAUCGGCGCUUCUGAGCAGCGCGUAAUCGAUAUCGUUACUGGCGCUGCUAAGCCCACCGAAGCCGAAUUCAAUGCCAUCGCUAAUGUUCUCGGAGUCUCUUCAAGUGCUGUUCCUCACACUGGCGUCCACUCCACCGCUUAA